AUGUUGGAGACCUUGUUGCCUCAGACAAAUCUCCCUAUCUUCAAAUUGAAAGAAUCUACAGUCAGAAGAAGAUACAGUGACUUUGAAUGGCUAAGGAAUGAACUAGAAAGAGAAAGCAAGGUCGUGGUACCGCCUUUACCAGGAAAAGCUCUUCUUCGUCAACUCCCCUUCCGAGGAGAUGAUGGUAUAUUUGAUGAUUCCUUUAUAGAGGAAAGGAAGCAAGCUCUUGAGCAAUUCAUAAACAAGGUUGCAGGCCACCCACUGGCACAGAAUGAGCGCUGUCUUCAUAUGUUCUUACAAGAUGAAGUAAUAGACAAAAACUACACACCAUCCAAAAUAAGACAUACUUGAAUUCUGAAAUCCUUUCCAAACAUUAGUGGUUCUUAUGCUUGAUUUUUAAGAGGUUGUAGUUUGUCUUAGCAUGCUGAGGAUAAACAGGCACAAAGUAUCCACUAACAUCAGUACACUGCUUGGUCUUUGCAUAUACUUUAUAGCAUUAAAAAACUCACUUGUCUUUUAGCUUAAUCCCUCUGAUUCAAGAGUACUAUAUGAGACCAUUCACCUCUUGCAAUGUCUCACAAACCUUUCCACUCAUUUGCAAUGACUUAACAAUGUUUACUGACUUGGCCUUACUUGAACUUGCACAGUUGUAGUGUCACAUGUUCACUUGUAUUUGACUAAACUGCUAUGCUUUCUGAGGUAGUCAUUUGUCUGAACUUCUUUAAGAGACUGCUUUCUUUCUGAUAACCCUGUGUGAGAUACACUUAUGCAAUUGUCUUCAAGCUUGUAAAACUCUUUAUACUGAAGUAAUGAGGGAAUUAUCUUUAUAUUCUGUAAGAGGAAAAAAUCAAAUUUAUAUACUAAAAUAACUUGUCUAAAAGUUUUGAAAUAAAAGUGAAAAUGCACUUCAGAUGUUUGUCACUCUUGACCUCGAGUGUGGACUAUCUCAUCAUUUCUGAGAAGGAAGACUUUGCUAUUCUAAGUGAACUAAUGUUUCAGCCUUGCUGUAAUCUUCUGCAAGGUAGUGCUUUGCCCCUAGCAGCUAACCCUAUAAUCCCCUUGGAUAUGGGCAUUCACCAAUCCAGUUGUAUCAUAGAAUGGCUUGGGUUGGAAGGGACUUCAAGGGUCAUCAGAGAUGGGGCAUCCACAACCUGUCUGGGCAACCUGUUCUAGCACAUCACCACCCUCUCAGUGAAAAACUGUCAUUGAUAAAGUGUUAAAGAGUAUUGGUCCCAGGACAGACCAUUGGAGGAACUUGCUCGUCACCAGCCUUCACCUGGCCAUAGAGCUGUUGACCGUAAUCCUCUGUCUAUGACUUUCAACCAAUUCCUUAUCCAUCCAAUAGUCCACCCUUAAAAUCUGUCUCUCUCAAUUUUAGAGAUGAGGAUGUUAGUGAGGAACCACAUCAAAGGCUUUGCCAAAGACCAGGUUGAUGACAUCAGUUGCCUUCCCUUUGUCCACUGAUGCCAUCACAUAUAGAAGGCUACUAGGCUAGUCAGGAAUUACCUUCCCUUGCUGAAGCUGUGCUGGCUGUCUCAGAUAACCUGUUUGUCCUAUGUGUGCCUUAGCAUGUCUUCCAGGAGGAUCUGUUCCAUGAUCGUCCCAGGCACAAAGGUGAUGCUUACUGGCCUGUAGUUCCCUGGAUCUUCUCUCUCUUAUAAAUGGGUGUGAUGUUUUCCUUUUUGUCACAUUAUGAAAUGUGGAAAGUACUGAAGGUUGUUCCACUGUGGUGGGCCUAAAGCUGCAGCUCUGUUCAUGAUAGUCAUCAGAUACGUGGCUUCAUUAAACUUGGAAGAAGGAUACAUCUUCACUUGGUAUGGGAAGCCUCAAUCUAGAUUCAGCUAUUACAUGGAAAUUAUACCAUUCUGCAGAGAAAGAAAUGUUGACAUAAUCCAUGAUAGGGCUUUGAGGUCCUUUAGCUGAAGAUUAAGGUGGUUCUGAUCUGCAGCUGCAUGACAUGCAAGUCAUACAAGCAUGCUAUGCAAUGUGCUUGCUUCCCUGAAUGUUUAGAGAAGGAAAGGCUGUAACAUUGUGCUUGUAUGACCAAUGGUGAAAUGCAGACUAUGAACUUGAGUUUGCAAGUAACAAAGCUGAAAUAAUCUUUCUCCCUAAAUGCUUUUAUGGCUAGAAAAGCCUUCUUAGUACUCUGAAAUGUGAUGUGGAAGUUACCUAUCCAGAUACUCUUGAAAACCAAUUCAAGAACACUAGUAGCAAUCUGAUCCAGUGUUUUGUGUUCUUAACGGUGCAUGUUCUAAACAAUUUGAGUGCAUGUUGGCUUAGAGUUGGUUUUGAUGCUUUUUCCUUCUUAUAUAAAAAUAUACUCUCUUCUAUCACUAUGUAGAGAACAUGCUACAAACACACAAAGUUACUAAUUUUCUUUAAAUAAGACUGUUAAUCUCAUUUUAAACUUCUGCUCUGUCAUUUGUAUAGAAUUCUGGAUGUGAAAGCUUGAGCUGAUGAAACAUUGGUGGGCUGACUGGGUUAUGUGUAGUAUCAGUGAACACUUGUCUUUAAGCAUUCUAUUUUGUGGCUGCAAUAAAACAAGAAUUCAUUUCUGACUAUAUCAACAAAGAUUAUCUGGUUGCUCGCAACCAAGUGCAAUCUUUAUUUUUGGAUUUUGCAAUGGAAGGAAACAUACUAGUUGCUAGUGGUACCGCUCUGGGUUGCAAGUGGGUUGUGUAAGUUUUGAUGCUUGAUUCCAUGGAUAGGACUGUGGGAUAGAAUCAGUGCAGUCUUUGGUAUGUAUGAAGGGAGCAAAAAUCAGUUAUUUGAGUGUCAAACUUUUUAGUCUAGCUUUUCAAGUAGUUCUAGUUAAUGCAAAGCAAUCUUUUAUAAAAUUCCCUCCUACUGUUGAAUUACACUUAAAGGCUGAGUUACUCUUGAAAAUGGGGAAUGAAAGGUUAAAUGUAUAUGAAGUUUUAUUAUUUAGAUACAUAAUCAGGUCUCCUUUUUUCUUUUCUCAAAUGUUCUUUUCUGUGAGAAGCUUCUUUCUGAAAUCAAAGUAGAUCUUCUGUCAUAUCCCUAAAAGAUGAUGUUAUGAUCUUUAUCAUCUGCUGCAGGCCAAAAAAAUCAAAGCUGAAGAGGGAAGAGCUGCAUACUUGAUGUCAGUAGAUUCUUCUUGUAUUUCUGAAGUGUAGCAAGGACUUUGGAGUUGCUACAACCUCUGAAAUUGACAGUAUCUUGGAUACGGUGGGCAUCUGCACUGGCUUCUAGGAUUUCUCCUGAGUGUCAGUGCUUUGAAGCUAGCUAGUUCUAGUGUAGCGUGAUUCUGCUGCUGUACAAUCUGCGGAGGAACACUGUCUGAGAUUAGUCAUCUAGGGACUGGGACUGGAUAGCAUACGGCAGCUAUCUCAGAUCUUAGGUGCAGUUCAUGUUUAUUGCUGCACAGCAUGAGACUUGUUGAAAUGGGUAUUUUGUCAUUGGUUCUGAACAGCAGUGCCCUCAACCUUUUUAACUCAUAAACUGAAUUGUCACAAGGGUGGGAAAUAACUCAUUGUUGCCAUCUUCAGCUUUCUUUAGAGCAAGAAAUAGUAAAAACUGUUGUAAGCGCAGAAAGAACUCUUAAGUGUUUGCUGGUUUGUUUGUUUUUUUUUUUAAGAGAUAAAUUCACCCCAUCAUAUGGUAAAUGCAUUCUCAAAUACUCCAUACAGAAGGUGUUCCAAAGUCUCGUAGUCCACACUUUGUCUAACCUGACUCAUUGGAAAACUAGUCUUGUACAUGUAAUGGUCCUGCUGUCUUGGUAAGAAUGGAAUGUGAGACUCUUAAGUUUCUCAGACUUAAGAGAGAUGGGGUGGAAAAACUUUGACUUCUGUAUUUGGAAUCCAUGGAGUUGGGAUUUCAGUCAUGGUCCGUGUUUCUUGACACCAACAAAGAAUGAGCUGUUGAUAUACUCUGUACGUUUCCAGUUGCUGUUUUCAUGUGUGCAGUCUUCGGUUACUCACUGCCUUAUAAACAGUGUGUUUUAUUUUCCUUCUAUUGCCAGCUUCAUCCUGUGCACUGGAGUUUCUUACCCUUUUCUUUGAUAACACAACUGGACACAUUAAUAAAACUCCCGAAUCUUUUUAGUUGAA